AUCCAGCAGCUGCCUCUGUUUGGAGAAGACGACGGCGCUGACAACGAAGCCUGCGUUUCCAACAAGUUUGUUAACGAUGGCAGUUUCCUCCAGCAGUUUCUCAAGCUGCAGAAGGAAAAGUCAAGUACUGAACCUCCCCCAAGUUCUACUAAUAACUCGGCAAACGCUUCCGCGCCGGGUGUCGGGAAGAAGCCGUUGCUCUUUGGGAAGCGGCCCGGGCAGGUCCUGAGCAGCAUGUUGCACCAAGCGAAGAACUACUCCCAUUCCAAACAGAGCCCGGUCGUUAACCGCCUCAGUGUGUUUCAGUCGCCCGACGAAGAUGAGGAGGAAGAUUAUGAGCAGUGGUUGGAAAUUAAAGUUUUACCCCCAGAGGAUGCGGAGACCCGACAAGUGGUGGAAAAGCUGGCUAGGUUCAUCGCUGAAGGGGGACCCGAGUUAGAGAAGGUGGCUAUGGAAGACUACAAGGAUAACCCAGCUUUUUCGUUUUUGCAUGAUAAGAACAGCAGAGAAUUCCUUUACUACAGAAAGAAAGUGGCAGAGAUAAGAAAAGAGAAUGAAAGUUCUCAGGCAUCCUCUUCUCAAAAAGUUUCACCCCCAGACGACGAAGAGACAAAGAACUCUGCUGAGAAACUCGCCAGGUUCGUAGCGGACGGGGGUCCCGAGGUGGAAGCUAUCGCCUUGCAGAACAACCGAGAGAACCCCGCUUUCAGGUUUUUAUAUGAGCCAAACAGCAAAGGCUACAAGUAUUACCGGCAGAAGCUGGAGGAGUUCCGUAAGGCCAAAACCAGCGCCGGGGGCGCCCCCUUGCCUGUGGAGCCCAGCCUGAAGAGGAAGACCAGUCCUGAGGCGUCACCGUCACCUUUGUCCUUGCCCUCUUUGCCCUUGCCUUCACCUUUGCCUUUGCCCGUACCUUCACCGUCGUCCUCCACGACUCGUCACGCGCGGCCUGCCACAGCCACAGGCACAACUAAAAAGAAGCGGAAGAGCAGGUGGGGGCCGGAGGAGGACAAGGUGGAAUUGCCCCUCCCGCAGCUCGUCCAACAGCUGGAUUCUCCGUCCCCUCUUUCAGUUCAGGACCUCAAGGGUCUUGGUUAUGAAAAAGGGAAACCGGUUGGUUUGGUGGGUGUGACCGAGCUCUCCGAAGCCCAGAAGAAGCAGCUGAAGGAGCAGCAGGAGAUGCAGCAGAUGUACGAUAUGAUCAUGAAGCACAAGCGAGCCAUGCAGGAGAUGCAGAUGAUGUGGGAAAAAGCGAUUCAGCAGCACCAACACGGCUACGACAGCGACGAGGAGGUGGACAGCGAGCUGGGGACGUGGGAGCACCAGCUGCGGCGCAUGGAGAUGGAUAAGACGCGAGAGUGGGCCGAGCAGCUCACCCAGAUGGGCAGAGGGAAACAUUUCAUCGGAGACUUUCUUCCACCCGACGAGCUGGAGAAAUUCAUGGAGACCUUCAAGGCGUUGAAGGAAGGACGCGAGCCAGAUUAUUCUGAAUACAAGGAGUUCAAACUGACUGUGGAAAACAUCGGUUAUCAAAUGCUGAUGAAGAUGGGCUGGAAGGAAGGCGAGGGCCUUGGCUCAGACGGGCAGGGGAUUAAAAACCCAGUCAGCAAGGGAACGACCGCUGUGGACGGAGCUGGUUUUGGCAUCGAUCGUCCGGCCGAGCUAACCAAGGAGGACGACGAGUACGAGGCGUUCCGUAAGCGGAUGAUGCUCGCCUACCGCUUCCGACCGAAUCCUUUGAACAACCCACGACGACCUUACUACUGA